CAGGAGAAUAUUUGACCAGCCAAUCAACUGUAUGGAAACACAUGAAAAUAUUUGUUGGGCACCAGGAAGACCCAUGCCAAAGCCAAAAAUUUGUCUGUAACUCACGACAAGGGCAUUGACAUCUUUAAACAAUGAAUUGACAGAUUUAAAAAGUUUCAGGAAGUGGUAUAUUUGUAUAUAGAUUUUUCAUGUCAAAUGAGGCCACAGCUAAGGCUCUGCAUUAGUGAGACAUGAAUUCUGUGAGACACCAUGUGCAGGACAAAUGAGGCAAAUGGCAGAUUCUGUUAUCUCCCCUCUAUCUUGUAACCUCUACAACCAUAUUUCUGUCACUGAAGGGUAAAAGGAAAAUGGGCAGUUUUCUGGUAGACAAGGAAUGGCCAGCAAUAAUGGGAUCCCACCAACCCUAUAAAUCAGGCCUCAGCUCACAGCUGAGGUUUUGAGACAGGUUUUCCACACAUUCUGUGAGGCCAGGCCCUUCAAUGAAUGACAAAACUGUGACAACUUUGUAUGAUUCUGUGGAAGUUUCACUGCCCAAUUAGUUUGAUUCAUUUAUCUACAAGAAGGAUUCUAAUUCAGAAAUGCAAGAUUAAUGGAAGACACUCAGUCGAGUAAGAACAGGUGCCAUGAGCUCCAGAAAUAUAAAACCACACCUCAUUUGCAUCCAAAGUUUGCAGAGCAGCGGGAAAAAUUCUACAAUCUAGUGAAAUCAGAUUCACUUUAUGAAUCUGACUGGGAAGCAUAUUGGCAGGACUUCCUUGAAUCUGAUUGUACUGAAACUCUUCCUCUGAAAAUGGAUAUGCCAAUUGCACCAAAUAUGACCAAGGAUAAAAAUGGCAUUGAUAUUGAUGAUGAUAAAAUAGAAGAAUUGAUCAAUGAUCCUGACUUCUUGGAUGAUCUAGAUUGUUUAGGAGAUGAAUUUGGAUCAAUUAUGCAGGAUGAGACAUGUGCUGGCAACUCUUCUAUUGCUGCCACUGGAAAAAAAGUUUCAGAUGAUUCUAUUGAGGUGAUAGAUGAAGUGAACUUGAAGUCUAUAGCAGGGAAUUAUUUUAUAGAAUCUAUGCAAAUGUUAACUAAAAUGAAAUACUAUUUUGGAAGUAAAUCUUCUUCAAUUGAGGGUAUUAGAGACAAGUGCUUGAAUUGCAUUGAGGGUGGAGAAAAUCCUUUUACUGUAAUAUCUAAGGAAGAUAUCACAUUUCUCAAUUCUAUUGUUGCAGAAAUUCAUGAUCUAAGUGAGCAUGAUCAGGUGCCUGAAGCUCACAAGGCAUUACUUAAAUUGGCAGGCAAAGAACUCAGCCGUGCUCUUGCUAAACCAAAGACAGAUUCUGAUAUUUUCUUUGGUGUCAGCAUCAGGAACAUUGCACAUGCAACUGUUGGCAGUGAUGUGGCACGUAUAAUCAGCUUCAUUGAGAACACUUUAAUUUACAAAGGCUUGCUGCAUGUCUCCAAAUCUGAUAUUAUGAGAAUAUUUCUUGCUGUGCGAGCUUUACAGUUGAAGAUCUGUACAGGUUCCAAGUGAUUUAUCAAAUCUUGUCUGUCUUAGUAUUAAUGAAUUUUAUUGUCAAUUUUUGGCAUGGUUUGUAGAUCUGUGGUAGCAUGUUCCAGACUGAGCACUAAUUUUUAUGAACACAUUGGUAUGAAAGUGACACUGAGCUCAUAAUAAUCCUCUUGAAAAAUGUUAUGAAAUGCAUUUAUUUUCAUGUAAAUCUUCAAGAUGGGUGUUUGGUUGCUUUUAUAUCAAUUUGAAUUAUAAAUUUAAAAGUCACUGCCAUCAAGAACCAUCAGUUAUUUUCUAUGAACAUGUGUAUGUGAUAUAGCCUAUGUAUAUCAAUAUAUUCUAUGGAAUUUUUUAGCAUUGAUCAUUCCUCCUGUUGCUGGCAAUGCUUGAUGGAACCUUUUUUUCUUUGUCUUCUAAAAAAACCUUUGGUGUUCCUUGCUAAGUUAUCAAGGAAAUAUAUAUGCUACAGAAAUGUGUAUAAAUCCACGAAGUGGUAAUAUCACAAUGUUUGAUUCCAUUUCUGAUUAUAUUUGUGAAGCAAGACUAUGUUCUGAAAUUUGAUUGCAAAAAAUGUUGAUGAAUCAAGAUUCUCUUGUGGAAUUUAAGGGGAACCCUAAUUUAUCUUAUGACCUCGGUGUGGAUGUUUAAUUGUAAAUAAAGAAUUCAAUUAAAGAAAA